AUGGGCCCCCAAGAGCGGAACUAUCACUUCUUCUACCAGCUUUGUCAUGCAGCUCUUGAGGGCCGGGUGCCUGAGAGCCUCAAGCUGCGCCCGGCCUCGGAGUUCGAGUACAGCAAGGAGUGCGCGGACAUUGCCGGGGUGGACGAUGCCGCGGACUUCGGGGCGGUGCUGGACUGCAUGACAAGCCUGGGCUUUUCGGAGGAAGAGCGAGACACCAUCUUCCGCAUCGCGGCGGCGGUACUCCACCUAGGAGAACUUCAGUUUGCGCCCUGCGCCAAAAACGGUGCUGAUGGCGUCAGUGUCACCAAUGACAGCUGCCUGGCCCUGGCCUGCGAGCUGCUGGGCCUGGCGCCGGAGCAGAUGCGCCAGGUGCUGGAGCACAAGACCCUGGAGGAUCCUUUGACCGAGAAGAUUAUCCACAUGCCGCACGAUGUCUCCUCCGCCUCCUUCACGCGCCACUCCAUGGCCAAAGUGGUCUACGCGCGGCUCUUUGAUUGGCUGGUUUGGCGCAUCAACGAGAGCAUCAGCAGCCGUGGCCAGCAGAAGGAUGUGCGGAAGAUCGGGCUGCUCGAUAUUUAUGGCUUUGAAGUCUUCGAGUGGAAUUCCUUCGAGCAGCUCUGCAUCAAUUUUUCCAACGAGAAGCUCCAGCAGCACUUCAACACGCACAUGUUCUCCUUGGAGCAGCGCCUCUACAGCUCUGAGGGCAUCACUUGGAGCCACAUCACCUGGCAGGACAAUCAGCACAUCAUCGACACAUUGGACAAGCGGCCAUUAGGCCUCUUCUGCCUGGUGGAUUCUGAGUGCCUGAUGCCAGCGGCCACGGAUGCGUCGCUCUUCUCGAAGAUCCAGAACGCCUUCAAGAACUCACAGGUCAUCUACAAAGCCUCGCGGUUUGGCAAUACGGACUUCGCGGUGGCGCACUACGCCGGGGAGGUAGUAUACAGCGUGGAGACCUUUCUGAUGAAGAAUACCUUGGAGCUGCUGAAGCGUCUCUUCACGGACCCCCGCUUCGCCCCCCCCGAGAAGCCCAGCGCCGGUGACAGAGGCCCGGCGCGGCGGCGCCAGAGCACGCGGGAGGACCGGCAGCGGCAGAACGUCACUGUGAGCAUGAUGUUCCGCGAGCAGUUGGACCGCCUUGUGGAGGACCUGAACAAGACCAACCCCCGCUACGUGCGGUGCAUCAAACCCAAUGCCAAGAAGCAGCCCAACGAGCUGGACUCCUUGGACGUGCUGCGCCAGCUGCGCUGCGCCGGGAUGUUGGAGUCCAUCCGCAUCCGUCGCGCGGGCUACGCAGUGCGGCGACCCUUCAAGGAGUUCUUCGCUCGCUUCCGGAUCCUGGCGCCGCAGCUGGUGCCGGGGCCGGAUCCUGACUACAGGAGCCUUUGCCAAAGGCUAGUGCUGGAAGUGGAGGAGCGAGUGGCCAAGCAAGGCACCACCCUGCCGGAGAAGUCUUGGCAGCUUGGGCUGACCCGGGUCUUCAUGAAGGAAGACUUGGAGAGGCGGAUGGAGCAGAUGAUUGUGGAGUCUGCCAAGAGGCAGGUGCAGACGAUCCAGCGGUGCUGGCGGGGCUUCUGCGGGCGCCGGCGCUUCCAAAACCUGCGCCGGGCUGCGCUGCAGUUCCAGGCCAUUGCCCGCUCGGUUUUGGCGCAGCGCCGGUUCCAAGACAAACAGCGAGCGGCGCAGCAGUUGCAGGCCAUCUUCCAAAGCUUCCGCGCCCAGUCCCGCUUCGCCGCCCGCCGGCGUGCGGCAGUAGAGGUGCAGGCCUGUCUCCGCACCGCUGCCGCCGUGGCACGGCUGGCAGCCGCCAAGGCCAGGCCACCGGAGCCUUUGGAGCCACCGGAGCCGGAGCCGCCGGAGCCGGCGCCGCCGGAGCCGGAGCCGCUGGCGCCGGUGCCGGCGCCACUGCCGGCAACGGCGCUCGCGGCGCCGGUGACGCCUGCACCUGCAGUUGACUCGGAGAAGGGCUCCGCGCACGCGGCGAACGGCAUGGCGACCACGCCCACGAACGGAACACCGAUGCUGCCAGACCUGGCGCUGGAACGCACAGAGGCGUCGCCCAUGGGCCUGAGCCUGGACGCCUCCAUCCGCAACGCCGCACUGAACUUGGGGGGCGGCAGCGCCCUGGAUUCGCUCCGCACUGAGCUCAUGGCGCGCCUCGGCGACGGCGCGCCUGCAAGCGGCGCGGCCGGCGUGGGCGGCGUGGGCGGCGCGGGCAGCGCGGGCGGAGGUGUUGAUCCAGCGCAUCCACUCAGCAGCUCCCUGCGAAACGUGGAGUACAUGCCCUUCAAAUCCGGCGCGGGCGCCGUGGCGGGCGCCGCGAGCGGAGUGGCGAGCGCCGUGAAUGCGGAGCAGGAUGCUAGGCUAUCGGAGCUUCCCAUGCGGAAGACCAUCAUGAACCAGCGGAAGAUCAUGGAGCAGCUUCGGGAGCAGUUUGCUCAGGCCCUCAAGGAGGAGCCGACGCCGUUGGCCGCCUUUUCAGAGGCGGAGGGCGAGCGCGUAGAGCAGCUAGAGGCGGAGCUGCGGCGCUUGCGCCGGGAGAACGGCACGCUGAAGAGCAGCUUGUUCAGCUCCCAGGAGGAGGCGCAAGCGCGGUCCAGCGAAGCGGCAGAGCUACUGCUGGAGAACAGCCACCUGAAGUCGGAGCUGGACACCAUCCAAUUCUCCCACCGUGAUGAGCUCCAGGCGGAGCGGAAGCAGAUUCAGGAGCUCCUGGAGCGCGAGGCUCAGCAGCGCCAAGAGGUGCAGAGCCUCCAGGCGCGCCUGGCAGAGGUGGAAGGUGACUUGGCGCGGUGGCAGUCCGCGGCACAGGAGGCCAAGACCGUGGCCAGCUCGGAGAAGGAAGAGCCGUCGCCCUUGGCCGCUUUUUCAGAGGCGGAGGGCGAGCGAAUGGAGCAGCUGGAGGCGGAGCUGCGGCGCUUGCGACGGGAGAACGGCACGCUGAAGAGCAGCUUGUUCAGCUCCCAGGAGGAGGCUCAAUCGAAGUCCAGCGAAGCGGCAGAGCUACUGCGGGAGAACAGCCACCUGAAGUCGGAGCUGGACACCAUCCAAUUCACCCACCGCGAUGAGCUGCAGGUGGAGCGGAAGCAGAUCCAGGCCACCAGACGCGAGGAGCUCCAGGAGCGCGAGGCCCAGCAGCGCCAAGAGAUGCAGAGCCUCCAGGCGCGCCUGGCGGAGGUGGAAGGCGACUUGGCGCGGUGGCAGUCCGCGGCACAGGAGGCCAAGACCGCGGCGAGCUCGGAGAAGGAGCGCUUCGAAGAGAUCGAGAAAAGGCGGCGGCACCUGGAACAGCAAGCCGGAGACCUGCGGAAGGAGCGCCAGGACACGGACUUUGUGCUGAAGGAGAGCCAAAGCAGCUGGCGGGCGGAGCGCGAGAAGCUGGUGCAGGACAUGAAGCUCAAAGAUCGGGAGCUCGGAAACUUGAAGCAGGUCCUGGACAACGUCACGGCCGCCCACGUGCCCAAAGAAGAGCUGCAGAAGUGGAAGAGCCGCUGUGAUGAGCUGCAGCAACAAGUGGACCAGGCCAACCGCGCCCGGAGAGAGAUGCAGUCG